AUGGCCAAGUCCAAGUCCAGAACCAACCGGCCCCAGCGCCCCUCUCCCCCCUCCGCCGCCGUCUCAUCCUCACGGGCCUCCCUCCUCCGGCAGACCUGCAGGUUCCUCGGCACCACCGCCGGGCUGGAUCUCACCCUGCGUCUCUUCCAAGGCCUCGUCCUCGUCUCCGGCCAUGUCGCGACCGACGACGUCGUGGCCACGCGGAGCCUCAUUGCCUCCUCUCAGCUCGAUCUCGGUAAGCCCAUCCCCGUGACGUUGAGUGCCGGUCAUCUAACAACGGACAACAAUAGCAAGGAGCUUCACGACAUGAAGAUACACGUCGUCCCCUGGUACACGCCCGUCCUCGUCGAGGCCAACAAGUUCUGGUUCUACGCCAUCCUCGCCUCCAUCGCCCGCACCCUCGUCCUGCGCGUCGUCCUGACCGCUUCAAGAUCCACCAAGAAGGAGAAGCAGCGGCAGCAUCAGCAGCUCCCAUCGCUGAGACGCCUCGUUGUUGACGCGCUCGACCUCACCCUACCCGCGUCCUUUGUCGGCUGGCUCGCGCUCGACGACGCCACCAUUGGCUGCCUGAUGACCGUGAGCACGGCUCUUACCUGGAGGGACGUCUGGGCAAAAGCGCAAAAAUGA